AUGAUCUCAGGAAAGCUUCAAAUAUUUAUUUUGGGGUUUCUACUCAUAAUUUUGGGUGUUCUUUCGGAAAGUUCAUUACUAUCAGAAGGUUCAUUACUAUCCGAAGGUUCAUUAUCAAAGAGCAAAUAUAAUGUUUCAGUUGAAAAAACUGAUAGUGGUGAAACAAGUAGUUCGCCUUUAUUCAAUCUAGAAGCAUCUACUAAUAAUGAUGCUGAGAAAGAAGAAACUAUUCCCCCAAUUAGUGAAAAGUCACCUGAUUCAUCUUUAAUGGAACCAUCAAAGAGUGCAAGUUCCCGCAAUGUGCCUUCCUUUGCUAACCAGAAAGAUGAUUCAUCUCUUUCAGAAGAAAAAUCUCGACUUUUUUCUGAGAAUUUUGAUGAAAAUAGCGGGGAUAGCUCAAGUUCUCUUUAUCCUAAAGUUAAUGAAGAUUCAAUGUUAUCAAAAUCUGAAGAAUCUAAUUCUCCGCUAGUUGAGAAGUCAGUAUCAAGAUCCAACUAUGAAAAAUUGCUGAGUGAGCAAGAUGAAAAAUAUCAAUCAGAAUACAGCCCAAAGAAUCAAGAAGAGUCGGUAAUGCUUUUGGAAGAUCCAAAUUACACUGUUGAUGAUGCAUUAUUGCUCUUGAGGAAACAGAGAAAAAUCCAAGAAAGUGCUAAAGAAAAGAAAGAUAAAGCUUCUGAAAAUCUUGGUAGUGAAUAUGAAUUUGAAAGAAGUGAAUCUCCAGUUUUAAUGGAAUACGAUAAAUCUAAAGGUAAAGAAAAUGAUCAAUUAAUAUCAUCUGAAGAAAUUCAAUCAGAAGAUGAUGAUUUUACAUUUUUCCCAAAAGAAUUGAGCUCACCAAAAGAACUGGAAAUAGAUGGUUCAGCUUCUACACCACUUUCAUUAAAUACCGAAACUUCAAAAAAAGAAACUUCUCGCUCGCCAUCUCUAAGUAGCUUUGAUAAAACAAACAAAGAAUUAGAAAAUGUUGAUUCAGAGGAAGUAGAUAACACCUUAACGGAGAAAUCCAAUGAAGAAGUUGAUGAAUCAAAUCCACUUGAUAUUCCUAUUUCAGAAAAAACAGCAUCUAGUAAGAUUUCUGAGGAUGAAAUGGGAACUGUCAGUGAGAAAUCCAUGACUGAAAAAGAAAAUAGCGUUUUAGAACCUUCUGAAAAAACAAUUUCUGUAGAUCCUCAAGUUAGUCAUGCAGAUGAACAAUCAAGAACUGUUGAAGAGAAAGUUUUAGAUGAACCAGAAGUUAUCAGUAUCCCAUCGUCUGUUAGCACUCCUGAUCAUGUUGAAGAAGAAAAAGAAGCAUCUUCAGUUCCUGAAGAUAAUGAAACCUCAAAAUCUUCAAAAAUAGAAAGUCCUGUCAUUAGUAGUGAAUCUUAUUCAGAAACUGAAAACGCUGGUGAAAAUUCUGUUCAGGCUGUAAACGAAGCUGAUGAAAAUUCUUAUCAGAGUGCUGCUGAUCCUGAGAUUAUUCCUGAACAAGAUGAAGACGAAAAUUCAUUUAAUAGAGGUCUUAUUGAAUCUAAAGAGCAAUCUGGAAUAGCUGAAGAGUUCUCUCAAGAGCAAUUUAUGGAGAGGUCACAAAAUAGCCCACAACUUGAUAACUCUCCACUUUUGCAUUCCGAAACUUUCAAAAAUGAAGAUUAUGCCAAUCAACUCAGAGGUAUCCUUCUUCCUCUUGUUGAUAUGUUCCAAGUUUCUGUUGGAUGUGCUGCUCCAUGCCCAUACCAGAGAUAUUUCAUUCAAACAGAUAGAGUACUUAAACGUAUUUCUAAGAUUGAAGCAAAAACUAUUGAGUUGUUAAAUAUUAUGAAGAAGGCGAGAGAAAUAACAAUUAAGGAAGUUUCCGAUAUUUUUAGGUUCCACCAAACAGCUAUCAAGAGAAGAGCGCUUUUGUUCGUUCAAAAAUACAUUAAAUCUAUUAAACUUUUACGUUUUAAGGUUGAUUCAGCCAAGAAGACCGUGUUACUUGCGUUGAACAUUAGAAUUGCAUUACAACUUCUUCCAAGCAAAUAUAGUAGAGAAUACAACAACGAGGAACUCGAGAGAUUUGUCUCCCAGGUCGAUUUUGUUCUCAAAGAAUACAAUAAAAUUAGGAAUUUAGUUGGAAGCAAAACUAUUAAGUAUGGCCUUAUGAAAUACCUCUCUCUAAAUGAUUAUGAUCAAAAGAUUAGAUCUAUCACAAGUAUUUUGGAAAAUGAACUGUCCAGUUUUACUUCUAGGAUGGCCACGUUCCAAAAGUUUGUUUCAAGGCAUAAGAAGCUUGCAUUUGCUCUACAUGACAUGAUGCAAAAGGCAGGAUAUCCAGUAAGGAAGAAGUUCUUUAUGGUUGAUAGAAAAGGGCUUUCAAAGGAACAUUUUAGAUUAUAUAAAAAGAAGAUCAAUGAGGAUAAAAGACAAGCAAAAAAUAGACUAGGAAAAGAGUAUUCUCAAUUUAAGAACACUCAAGAAAACAAAUGGAAAAGUUUUAAUAAAAGGAUCAAUUCAACUUAA